AUGAAUCAAUGUUUAGGAAUAACAACUAAGGGACAGCGAUGUAAAAUACGAAGCAACGAUAAGUUCUGUCAUUAUCAUGUACAGCAAGAUAUGGGAAUGAUCAAUAAACAUGUUGCUUCCACCGAAGGUUCAAACAUUGUGGACAAAAAACCGUCAUCUGGCUUCAUAUACAUAUACACCUUACAUAAAUUUUUUGGCAAAGAAACAAAUUGGUUCAAAGCCCAUAAUCUUCCUGACCAUAAAGAUGAAUACAAAUUUUCCAAAUCUUCAUAUAUCUUCCUCAAAGUUGGGAUGACAACUCAAACAAUUUCCACCAGAAUCAAACAGUGGGAGAAUAAAUGUAAACAUCAGAUCUAUCUAGUUAAUCCAGAGACUGAUAAGAUACUACGGAAGACCAAGUUGACUGACCUUUUCAAAAGACUCAGAAUCUCCCAUUAUGAAACAUUCAAAGAUGGAGGGUUCUAUUCCCAUAAUUUAGCAUUGGCAGAGAAAGAGAUUCACCAGAAACUUCAUAAAUUGUACGGUAAAGGGAUCAUUUAUUGCAAGAAUUGCGGAGAAGAUAAAUACAACAUCCAUGUUGAAUGGUUCUUAAUCCCCAAGAAACAUCUACAAACGAUUUAUAAACUAAUUGAUGAGAUUUGUUGGAAGUACACUAAACAAGUUAACUUUUAA